CGCCUCUGCGACUACGUGUGCGACCUUCUGCUGGAGGAGUCCAACGUGCAGCCCGUCUCCACGCCCGUCACUGUCUGCGGGGACAUCCAUGGGCAGUUCUAUGACCUGUGUGAGCUGUUCCGGACUGGCGGGCAGGUCCCCGACACCAACUACAUCUUUAUGGGUGAUUUUGUAGACAGAGGUUAUUACAGUCUCGAGACUUUCACUUACCUCCUCGCCCUCAAAGCCAAGUGGCCCGAUCGCAUCACGCUGUUACGAGGCAAUCACGAGAGCCGGCAGAUAACGCAAGUGUACGGAUUUUACGACGAGUGCCAAACCAAAUACGGGAAUGCUAACGCGUGGAGAUACUGCACCAAAGUGUUCGACAUGCUCACGAUAGCAGCU